AUGAGAGUCUGGGUCUUAAUAGUUGCCUUACUCCUACCUAAUGUCGGAGGAUGGUUAAGUAGCAUCUCAGUUAUGGGUCAAGUGAGCAGACCUGACGGAGACUCCUGGUACGACACCAUCAAUAAACCAUCUUGGACGCCACCGAACUGGGUCUUCGGUCCAGCUUGGACAGUAUUCUACACUAUGAUAGGAUAUUCAUCUUAUUUGGUAUACAGAGACGGUGGAGGCUUUACAGAAAAGUCGCAAUUCCCUUUGACUCUUUAUCUGAUUCAUUUGUUCGUCAACUGGACGUGGACUCCUGUGUUCUUCGGACUCCAUAAGCUUGGACUGGCUCUUCUACAUAUUGUCAUAUUAGAUAUACUAGCAGUGGGCUGCGCAAUAAGCUUCUAUAUGGUCAACAGAUGGGCAGCUGGCCUGUUCCUGCCGUACAUCGCGUGGUCAAUAUUUGCUACCUGCCUAACUGCUACUCUUUGGCAUCUUAAUUAAUGAGCAUCGUCUUUAUCGUCUUACGCAGUCAUUACUUUAAUUUGUGUAGUAAUAGUACAGACAGCAUUAGACAUGAUAGCAAUUGUUAAAUUAAUGAAAUAUUAGAUUAUUAAAUAUUAGAUUAGAGAUUAAGCCACCAUAGUUUUUGUGUGUACGAUAUUUUGAUUUGCAAAAUUUUAUUAUAAUAUACGGCGCAUGAGGGCUCAUCUUGCAUUAGUUACCAAAAAGGUAGAUGUGUCGAGUACGUCUAAACCCUACAUCGUAGCCAAGUCUUUGUUAUCUGAUAAAUUCCAAUAUACAGUAGGUAUUGAUGUCGAAUGGCAAAUGCAUAAGGUACAAAUUUGCUAAAAUUCAUAGCACACAAGAACACUAAGCUUAACGAUUGAAUGAUCAGAAGACGGAGACUCCGGCCCUAGACGCUUAUCAAAACAUCCAUGUUCAAAUUAAUAAAACAAGAAGGGUAAAUUGGAUUCAAUGAUUCAUUAAACAAAACCUUAAUGAAUCAUUGGGUUGAAUCUACAGCCCGUAGUGUCGCGUUAUUAGCUUAGCUACGAAAUACUCCGUAGAUUGCUACAAAGAGACUACAGGUUUCAAAGCUUUUAAUUUCUUCGUUUUUCGAAUAAUAAAUACAUAAUACUCUCAAAGUUGAUUUUUUCGUUUUCAUUUUCAUUUGACCUAAUGAUGAAUUGACCAAAUGGAUUGAACAUUCUGCCUCGUUCUGCGACGCCCAACUUGUCUUCUAAGUCAUAAUGAUCUCCAAUCAUCCCACCCAACUAUGAACUGGGGUAUACUAUACCGGGCUUUACUA